CCACUGAGGCCAUUGAAGCCUGUUGCCUGUCUGCUGCACAUUUCUCAACAUCAUGAACGACAUCUAUAAAGCAGCGGUAGAGCAGCUCACAGACGAGCAGAAAAAUGAGUUCCGCGCCGCCUUCGACAUCUUCGUGCAGGACGCAGAGGACGGCUGCAUCAGCACCAAGGAGCUGGGCAAAGUGCUGAGGAUGCUGGGACAAAACCCCACUCCUGAAGAACUGCACGAGAUGAUCGACGAAGUGGACGAGGACGGCAGCGGGACGGUGGAUUUUGAGGAGUUCCUGGUGAUGAUGGUGAGGUGUAUGAGAGACGACAGUAAGGGGAAGUCUGAGGAGGAACUGGCCGAACUCUUCCGCAUGUUUGACAGGAAUGAGGAUGGUUAUAUAGACCUGGACGAGCUGAAGAUGAUGCUGGAGGAGACGGGAGAAAGCAUCACUGAGGACGACAUCGAGGAGCUGAUGAAUGACGGAGACAAGAACAACGACGGGAGAAUUGACUUUGAUGAGUUUAUGGACUUUUUGAAAGGUGUGGAAUGAGUCUGCGUGUCAUCGUGCAGGCGGGAGAUGAAAUGUUUAAGACUAAAACCGGAUCGUGUGUUUUGUGUUUCUUGUGAAACUUUCAUGUGUGUACAUAAAAUGUGUGAAACCUC